AUGUACUCGUACAGCUGCCUGGAGCCCGGAGCGGGCGUCUGGCCUCCGCUGCAGCCCCUCACUUACUCCUACCCGUCCCGCCCUUUGCUGCUGCCCCUCAUCUACGCCCACAGCUGCUGCUGCCGGCUUCCGAGCCUGACCGCGGGCGAGUGGCCGGCUCCGCGGGAAUACCACUGCUUCCACAGCCAAGGCGCGCCCCUGGCGGCCGCGCCGCCCUCGUGGGCCUUCCCGCAGACCUACGCCGCGGCCCUGCGCCCGCCUUACCCCACGCCCGGCUACCUGGGGCCAUUCCUACAGGGGUGCGCGGGGGAGGGGAUGGCGGCCGCCCAGCGCAACGCGCCGUGGCCGGAAGGCAGCAGCUUGCAGCUCAAGCUACGAUGGGGCCGCACGGAGCGUGCUCUGGGCCCGCGCCUCCAGCUACCCGACGUGGUGCGGCGGGAGCUGCGGCGGAUGUACGGCACGUACCCGCGCACCGACGUGCGCGUCACCUACCGCGGCGGCCAGUUCCUGCUUCAGGCCGCGCCGCGCGUCCCCGAGCCUGAGGAACGUGUGCAGAGGCGCGUGCUUCGGCCGUCCGCCAGCAGCGGCAGCGAAGACAGCAGCCCGGCCGCUGAAGCGGCGGAGCGUAGCCGUCGGAGGAAGAGAAAAGGCCAGAGCUGA